AUCUUUAAGCGUAUGAAAUUUAGCAUUGAUAGUCCGAUUGCGAUUACUUCCAAUUAUGGUUGUGAAAGUACCACGAGACUGAUGAGAAGAUCUAAGCCUUUGAAAUAUGGAUUUCUGCUAAGUACAAAUUCUGAUCUAAUAAAAGAAUUAUCUAGAAUUAGUGAUAAUGAAGAAAAAUUGGCAACAAAACAAAUAGUUGAUAAUGUAAAAGAAGCACUGAAUAAUCAAACAAAGGAUUUGGUUGUUAAUGAA